AUGUCGUCCACGAUAACCGAGACUGCUCAAACGAUCCAUGUCAAGUCAGAAUCUCAAGCCCUCAAGGUCGACGGUACCGACCCAAGUUAUGGCGACUGGAGAGAUGAUCUCGCCAGAGAUGGCUAUGCAGUGAUCAAGGGAGCGAUUCCGCGUGAGCGAGCGGACAAAUACGCCGAUGCAAUGUUCAGCUGGCUUGAGGGAUUCAAUCUUGGCUUCGAUCGAAACGAUUUGUCGACCGUCCACAAAGACAAGCUACCACACAUCACCGAGAAAGGCAUGUGCUUGCAGUACGCCGUCACCCACGAGGACUUUGCCUGGGCGAUGCGCGGCGAGCCUGGCGUUGUUGGAGCUUUCGAAAAGGUAUACGAUACUGAGGAUCUGAUCGUGUCUUUUGAUGCCAUCAAUUUCAGUUUUCCCAACCGCAAGGACAUCCCCGAGAACAAACCGUGGCCACAUCAGGACCAAGACCCUCUCAAGUCUGGGUUCCGGUGCCUCCAGGGCCUCGUCAAUGUUCUCCCGAACGGGCCCAAGGACGGCGGUCUCAUCGUCUGCAAAGGCGGUCACUUGGCCUCGACAGAGUUCCAUCGUGUCUUCGCCGACGAACCACGCAUUCCGGCAUGGACGCCUGAGUGGUUCGGCUUCACGCCCGCAGGCAUGGAGUGGCUUGACCAGCAAGGCUACAGAUGGGAAAAGGUCUGCGCCGAGCCUGGCGAUCUCCUUGUAUGGGACUCUCGUACGCCGCACUACAAUCUCCCCUCUGAGUCCACGUCGCCGCGGUUCGCCGUGUAUACCUGCUACAUGCCGGUGGAGGUCGCGACGCAGGAGGAUUUGGUAAGGAAGAAGGAGGCGCUGGAGAAGUGGGCGGGUACCACGCAUUGGCCGAACGCGAGGCAUGUGGGCGGAAACAUCGCGAUGAGGGAUGGAGUGGAGGAUCCGCACAAUCGGCCAGAGCCGGUCAACAAGCCCGUGUUCGACCAGAGGACGUGGAAGUUGACAGGCGUGCCGUAUAUCAAGGCUUGA